AUGGGCUUCUUUGAUGGCUGGAUUGACUGGACCAAAACGACUCGGUCCAGAAACUACAAAGGAUCCGGGUCGUUUGCCACGCUCAUGAUUAUCGGACCUACCUGCUUCUUCCUCGGCAUCCUCUUCGCCUCGUUCCCCUACGACUUUCCCCUGCUCUGGAGCAAGGAGCCGCUCGUCGCCGAAUUCCUGCCACGGCUCGAGACGCACCUCAAGUUCAUGCACGCCGCGCCGCCCCUUAUCCACCGAAUGCUCAACAUCAUGGUCUUUGUCGCGUUUGCCGGCCUCCUUAUCAAGCUGUUCCGGCCCUCGGAAGCCAAUUUCCUCUUUGACGGCGCCUCACUGAUCCUCUACGUCAUUGGCGCCGCGACGUACAUGACCAAUAUCGUGCGCGGCCUGCGCGCCCUCACCGACGGCAUCUGGGACCAGCCCGAGUUCGCCAAGACGCGCCGCGGCGAGAGCGACGGCGAGUACAUUCUCGGCAAGGAGGACAGCCUGCGCGUCAUGUCGGCCAGCAACACCAUUCUGGCGCUCGUCCUCAUUGGCGUAUUGGUUCUUCAGGCCGGCCAGUGGUACGCCGAGAAGCGCGACCGCGACGAGGACGAGGCGGCGGACAAGAAGGAUGCGGCAAGGCCGGCGUCGCCCAAGUCGCCCAAAAAGUCGAAGAAGAGGGAUUAA